GCCAGAAGGUCACGCAGCCGCCCGCCAUUCGUAUAUCGUCGUCCUCAUUUUCUGUGUUCCGGCGGAAGGCGAAUUCUUUUGGUGCUCAGUGUUUCAGUAGGUUAUUGAACGGAAAGGAGAACCGAUAAUGGCUACAGGGGAUAAAGAAAACGACCUUUUGAGCGGCUUGCAGCCUCCUUUUGAACAUUUUUCCACCCAGGCUGUUCAUGCGGGGCAGGAACCCGAACAGUGGAAGUCAAUGGCAGUAGUGCCUCCAAUUUCCAUGUCAACCACGUUUAAGCAGGUUGGCCCUGGGAAAUUUGCAGGCUUUGAAUAUAGCCGCACUGGAAAUCCGACACGGAACUGCUUGGAGAAAGCUGUUGCAGCACUUGAUGGAGCCAAGUACUGCUUGGCAUUUGCAUCUGGUCUGGCAACUGCGAUGACAAUUACGCACUUACUGAAGUCUGGUGAUAGCAUUAUUUGCAUGAAUGAUGUAUACGGAGGAACUAACAGGUACUUCAGCAAAAUUGUUUCAGAAAUGGGUUUGGAAACAUCUCUCGUUGACUGCACAUCAUUGAAGUGCCUGAAGGAAGCAAUUAAACCAAACACCAAGCUUGUCUGGAUUGAGACUCCUACUAACCCAAUGAUGCGUGUUGUUGACAUCAAAGCUUGUGCUGAAGUUGUACAUGAGCAUGCAGACAUCAUUAUGGUGGUGGACAACACCUUCAUGUCUGCCUAUUUCCAGCGUCCUUUGGCCUUUGGUGCUGACAUCUGUAUGUAUUCUGCAACAAAGUAUAUGAAUGGUCAUUCUGAUGUAGUCAUGGGCUUGGCUUCCAUGAACCGUGAAGAUAUUUAUCAAAAAUUGAAGUUCUUGCAGAACGCUAUCGGUGCUGUUCCAUCUCCAUUUGACUGUUUUUUGUGCAACCGUGGCUUAAAGACAUUAUCCCUUCGAAUGAGGCAACACUUCAAGAAUGCACUGGCUGUAGCCCAAUUUUUGGAAGCAGAUCCUCGAGUGGAGAAGGUCUUUUUCCCAGGUCUCCCUUCCCAUCCGCAAUACAAGGUGACAAAACAGCAGUGCACUGGAACUUCAGGCAUGAUUGCUUUCUUAAUUAAAGGAAACCUGGAAAAUGCCAAGAUAUUCCUUGAAAAUCUAAAACUGUUUUGUCUUGCCGAGAGUUUGGGAGGAUAUGAAAGCCUAGCUGAUCAUCCAGCAAUCAUGACGCACGCAUCCAUCCCAAAGGAGGAGCGCAAGGCAUUGGGGAUCAGUGAUACUCUAAUCAGAUUAUCUGUUGGUUUGGAAGAUGUAACAGAUAUCAUUGAAGAUCUCGAUAAAGCUUUAAAAGCUGCACAUCCAGAUGUGGAAACACCUGCCAAAUAAAUUAAGCUGGGAGUGUCCUUUGGAAGAAACAUCAAGAGAUUAGAAAAAUUUUGAAUCAAUUUAAAUGCAGCCUCUCAAGAUGUUUUGAUCUGAUUGUAUACAGUGAAUAAUAAGUGUACAUUUUUGAAAUUGUGACUUUGAAAAAAUUAAUUGGGACACUUUGGGACAAGUACAUUUUGGCCCAGAAGUGGCUGCCUCAGUAAGAUUAAGGUUCAUUAAAAUAGUUUAAAAUAUAUAUUAAAAAAAAGACAAAUUGAGUAACAAAUUAUGUGUUUAAGUGAAAUGCAGAAGAAAUUAGAACACUGUCAAUACUAUUACAGUACUAUAAAACUCUAUUAGUUCUUAAUAGUUAAUGGCAGGAACUCAAGUGAAUGCUGCCAUGUUUAGUUAGUCCUGACGAAGGGUCUCGGCCUGAAACGUCGACUGCACCUCUUCCUAGAGAUGCUGCCUGGCCUGCUGCGUUCACCAGCAACCUUUAUGUGUGUUGCUGCCAUGUUUUCUUUGAUUGACUGCAAAUGAGCAAAAUCAGUGCAGAUAAUGGACUGCCUUCAUACAAUACUUUUGCCAAUUGCAUCCUCCAAAUCUUGGUUUUUAAUGAAACAUUCAAAAUAAUUGCCUAUACCUUCAAAUUCUUUGUAGUUUCUAACUUGUAGUGAAAUCAUUUAGUUUUCACUGCUGGCAGUUUCUGGCAUCUCCAAGCCAUAAAUGCUUGAAACUGCAGUGCGCAAACAUUUCUGAAUUCUUAAUGCUUAUUUCUCACCAACUGUCAGUGACAAUGAUCACUGCUUUUUGAACACAAACACAUGCAACUGAUGCUCCUUAAGAAGUGUUCGCUGCUGAGCACAGUGUAGUGUUCUACGGCAGCACAAAGUGCAUACGAUGGUUGGUAAUCAGAAAUGUUCGGCGAAGUGCCCCCAAAUAAAUGAGGGGAAUCCCGACAAUUUUCUCAAUUAGUUUUUGUUCUUUAAGAGUUGUCUCAGAUAAGCAGCUGCUCCGAUUAACUGGAAUCCACGGUAUUAAUUUACAAUAAAAUUGUGGGGAAAAGAUUUAAAACUAUUAACAGUGUACGAGGUCUCUUCUUUGUAUGUUAAAUUUAAAAUAGCUUCUUUGUUAUGUUAAUCUUUUAAAUUGCUGCGUAUGUGGAUUAUAAUGGUUUCUAUGUUAUGUUAAAUGCUGAGAAAGUCUCCAGCUAGACAUUUGCUUGGGUGAAUACAGACAGCAGGGAGCUAUUAGCCAAUGGGUAUUCAUGUUAUUGUUCUUCGGAUGAUAAUGCUAUCUCAUAUGACUGGGAACGGGGGUUUUUGGCGGGGAGUCGGAGGAGAGACGGGGAGGAUGGUGGACGUGGGAAAAGGCUCCGGUUGAUCACUCCGGGCGGUCCCAAGCCACGAGUCGACGGGGUCCAGGCGGUCCCGAGCCGCGAGUCGACGGGGUCCGGGUGGUCGUCGGGAAUUUCUGAGCUCCAACUUGUGCACGAAGAACUUGAACCUUGAUAAGUCUGGCGCUUUUUUUCUCCAUUACUUCCUUUUCUGUAUCGAACGUAUUAAUUUCAUAGACUUAGUAAUAUCUAUAAAGUGUACCUGGUAAAAGGUACUGUGGGUGCUGGCUGAUGAUUGUUGAUUGGGAUUGAUUUGGGUGGCUGUGGUACAGCAACUGACCCAGCGGGAAGUGUCCAGGCCGGUGCCAGGCGGGAUUUCCCCUAGACAUAUAUGAGCCAAUAUAGCGGAGCGUUACAACUUAAUGAAGACAAAUAGAUAGUAAUUACUGUUAAUCUUUUGCCAGCAACUUAGAAUAAAUUAUAAGAAUGAUUGCAAAUUAAUUUAAUUCCAUGUAUGACCGGUGUAGCUGUAUGGCACCUUUUUUAAAAAAAAAAGUUGCCAGAGGAUCAUAGUUUUACAGUAUGUCACACUUUUUACCAAAUUUAGAAAACAAUGUUCCCUGUAAAGGGAGACUUGUUGAAUUGUUAAUAGAUCCAUGUGCUGUAGACAGUGUUGGCCAGGUUUUUGCCUAGAGCUGAGAGAUUGUUUCUCAAAUGAUACUAUUUUUACUGGCCUUAACCAGAUCCUCUGGCAAUAUUUAAGAACUUGUAUUGCCUUGGGCUAUACCAGUUCACAAUACACUUCACUUGUUGAUAUCCAGUCAUCCGGAUCCUACAUGAUGUCACCACUCUUCAUGAAGCUCUACCGAGCUAAUGACAGUUUUGUCUCAGUUGUGAUCUCAUUUUAGCAACACUCAGCAGCUCUAGCUGGUGCGUACGCUAGGAGCCAUGUAACUUUGUCUCAACAUGGUAGCUGCUUUAAAAUGAAGGAGCCAUGGAAGCACUCAGGGUACCUUGCAUGGAUGAUGAGAAAGUUCAUCGUGUGGUUGACUACAACUGGAAUGUUGAGGAACAGGAAGACCUCAUCAUUCAAAAAGAACUGUAGGAUCUGAAAGGUAGUUUGAAGUGAUACAUAACCAAAAGUGUUGAAUCUUUGGCAAUUGUCUUAAAUUUCUGAGAGGGCUGAAAUUUAUUGAGACGGGAGAUGUGUAGUUCUUGAAUAUCAUACCCACAUUCAGUAAUGAGCCCUUCUAUAUUCCCAGACUAGCAAUGUUACAAGAUAGUGGCUGUUUGCGGAGCAAACAAUGUUAUCUAAACUUUCUUGGUUUACGUGUAGCCAAAUGGAAAAUCUUUUUGAAAGCAUCACCGAGUUCCAUCUGAUACUACUGCAAUAUGGUAUUACCUGAGAAUAGCUGUCACUAGUGAUAAAAUUCUAUCACCCACACUCACGUAUCACAUACUGGACUGUGACUUUCUAGAAUGAUCCAAAACAGUCAGAAAAUAGUUGUAUCAUGUUUCAUUCUAUGAAAGUUUGAUUUUCAUUUGUGAAAUGUUUGAAAAAAAUCAACAAUGUGUCCUCAGACUGUACAAUUUUAUUCAAAUUAAAAUAUAUUAAUUUCUUUA